AUGAUUCCUAGAGCGUCAGCAUGGCUACUACUGCUAUUCAGCAGGGCACUGGCGGUGCUGUUUGAACAGCAGCUUCUUCUAUACGCGGAAGACCUGGCAUUGCGCGAUCGCCGGCCACUGGCUGCACUGUGGCAUACAGAGGGUGAAUUUGAGGUGAGCGACAUGAACGACGCGCUACCGCCAGGGGAAUACUGCGUGGGAGCAGCGCUCCCCGGCAAAAACUAUUCGUGCUUUUCCUACAUUGACCUCGCGUCACCUUGGCACUACGAUCUGGUAGUGGAUACUGAUGCGCGCGGAAAUAUCAUCAAGCUGUCAUUGCGGCCGAACCCGGCGACCGAGGGGCUGCGCCCGGUGGUGCGGCAGGCCACGCCAGGACCGCACGCAGCGAUCACGAAGCUGCGCAAGCGCACGAAGACAUACGAGGACCGCAAGGCCGGCGCUAAGUCGGCCACAGCGGCGUUUGAGGAGGACAUUGAGCCGGACAACCGCUCUUUUCUGAUGAAGAACUGGAAGCUGGUGUUGAUUGGCAUCGUGGUCUAUGUCCUAAUGGGCUCCGCAGCGAAAAAGGAGGGUGCUGAGUAG